AUGUGUGACCAGCAGCCUCUCCAGUAUUGCCUGCCACCCCCCCAGUGCUGUGUGAAGGGGUCCUCUUUCUUCCCCUCCCCCUCUCCCUGUGCUCCAAGCCAGGUGGUGGUCCCUUGUGAGAUGCAAAUUGUGGAGUGCCCUGCACCAUGCCCAGUGCAAGUUCCCCAGGUGGCGUGCCAGGCUCCCUGCCAGUCCCAGACCACGGCAGUGAAAUGCCAGGCCCCAUGCAAGUCUAAAACCACCAAGGUGAAGUCCCAGGCUCCGUGCCAAUCCCAGCCCACGCUGGUGACUGGCCAGGCUCCGUGCCAGACUCUGUGCCAGGCUCCGGGCCAGGCUCCGGGCCAGGCUCCGGGCCAGGCUCCGGGCCAGUCUGAGGUUUGCUACGUGCAGUAUGGAGCCCCCGGCCCUGUUCAGACCUGUUAUGUAGACUGUGCUCCCGUGUAUUACACAGAAACUUGCUAUAUGGAAUACCCAGUCCAGACCUAUGUACCCUGUCCAGCUCCCCAGCCCAUCCAGACGUAUGUACCGUGUCCCCCAGCGUGCCAGACUCAGCGAGGAUUCUCCACUCAGGGCCAAUAUCAGGGCUCCUUCAGCGGCUGUGCCCCCCAGCGUCAGUCUCGGGCUUCCGUUAGGCCUUAUGCACCCCAGUGCCAGCCCCAGGGCUCUUACGGGAGCUUUCCCGCGCAGCAGCGUCGCUCUCAGAGCACCAGCAGAUGCCUCCCCCCUCGCCAGCAGCAGCCCGCCUACCGCAGCUGUUCCCCACCGCGACGUUCUGAGCCCUCCUACAGCAGCUGCGUGCCAUCAGGGUGCGCUCCCGGCUCCUCCAACUACUGCACCCCGCCCCGCCGCUCCGACCCCAUCUACCACAGUGGCUCUUCUAGGGCUCCCACCGCAAGCUGCCCUCAGAGAAGUGGACCUAAGUGCCGCAUAGAGAUUUCCUCGCCUUGCUGCCCCAAGCAGGUCCCCCCGCAGAGGUGUCCGGUUCAGAUUCCUCCCAUCAGAGGCCGCUUCGAGAGCUGUGCUCCACAAUCUUCCUGCGGUGCCUCCUGCCCGGACCUGAGACGGUGUGCUGACCCACGUCCACCCCGUCCACCCCGGCGAUUUGACCAAUGUCCUGAGCCAUCACUGCCGCGAUGUCCGCUUCCGGCCCCACGUCCAUUUCCGCGCCCAGAACGAUGCCCAAGCCCAGAGCCCCGCCGGUGUCCACCACCAAGGCAACUUUCGGAACCCUGUCUGUUUCCGGAACCGUGUGCGGACCCACGUCCAGCCCCGCGUUCUCGCCCAGCGCAGCGUGAGUUUCCGGAGCCACGUCCACAACCACAGCCCCGCGAGCGCCCAGAGCCUUGUCCCCUUCCAGAGCCAAUUCCCCUCCCAGCACCCUGCUCAAGCCCAGAGCCACAUGUCCAGCCUCGGCGCUGUCCCAGCCCAUGCUCAGGCCCAAAUCCAAUUCCAAGGUCAGGAAACCUAGGGUGUCAGGAGUCCCGUCCAUACCACCUGGACAUAGAGGCUCCCAGCUGUGGACCAGCUGGUUAUAACCAGUGUGGUGAGAGUGGUGCUAGCUACAGACCUUGUGAUGUGUUCCCAGAGCCACAGGGUCUGGGAGGUUAUGGAAGUAAAGGAGGCACCGGUGGCGCUGGAGUGAAAGGUGGAGCCUAUGCUGGCGCUGGAGUGAAAGGGGGAGCCUAUGCUGGCGCUGGAGUGAAAGGUGGAGCCUAUGCUGGGGCAAAGGGUGCCUAUGCUGGGGCAAAGGGUGCCUAUUUUUAA